UCAGAUUUAUUAUUACUGGUCAUUGCCGUUUUGGCAGUGGUGGGGUACGCUUUCGCCGAAAUACACGAAAUUCCCACAAAAUGUCCAGAAUCAGCAGGCAAAACCGUACAGCUCGCUCACAAACACGAUUGUACCAAGUUUUACGAGUGUUCCAAUGGACAGAAGCUACUCUCGAAUUGCCCAGAAUUUGCCCCGGGACAGAAGCUACAUUUCGACCCUGAACUUCAAAAUUGUACUUUCCCAUGGGAGGCAAAUUGCGCGUCAAGAGCUCCGGAUUGUUCAAAGGACGAAUUCAUACAACCUCAUCCCACCAACUGUAGCCUUUAUUAUAAAUGCGAGAACGGGGAAAAAGUCUUAAAAACGUGUGGCGAAGAACAGCUGUUUUGUUCCGAGUCUCUAGAAUGCGUAGACAAGGAUGUCGCCAAGUGUAAAGUUUACGAUUCGUGUCCAACAGGCAAAUUGUUGGAGGCUGUACUUCUCCCGCAUGAUUGCUAUCGUCAAUCGCUGUAUUACGAAUGUGUCGAUGGACAAUACGAUGUUAGACGGUGCCCAUCGGGCCAUGAAUUCGACGCUGAACGUAGACAAUGUGUGUCUAAUGUCCACUGUCCUGUAACCGGUACUAAGAGAAUUUCUCAUGAGACGGAUUGCGGUUUGUUUUACGAAUGCGUGGAUGGUGUUAAGGUAGAGAAAGUUUGCGAAGAUGGAUUGUCUUUCGACGAAACCAAGGGUAUAUGUACUUGGCCUCGGAGACACGAGUGUUCAUCGAACUUCAAUCAAACCGACCUUGCUACAUACUUUCUACCUUAUGUAGCGGAGGAAAAAGAUGUUCUAGAUUGUCCACCAGUGGGAUACAGACUCCUACAUCAUGAAUGCUCUUGCAGCAAGUAUUACUAUUGCGAAGAUGGAAAUAAGAUUCUUGCCAUAUGUCCUAAUGGCAUGAUAUAUGAUAAUAGUAGAGAAGUUUGUGACCUACCGGAUGUCGCCAUAUGUUGGAACCAAAAAUAUAUUCACGAUAGUUAUUUAUAUGACAAUUGUUAUAAUUCACCUCAGUGUCCACCCACUGGCUAUUAUCGCUCUUCUGAUAGAAAGUGCACUGAGAGUUAUUACGAGUGCACGGAAGGUGUCAGAUGCGAUCGGUCGUGUGGCGAAGGAUUAAUUUUCAAUAAGGACAAGGGACAGUGCGAUAUACCCGAGAACGUUGGCGGCUGCAACGGUGAUCAACCUAUAACCACGACUACGACUACGACAAGUACCACUACAACGUGGCGCCCGCCCUAUUGCAUUGAAGGAAACCAAAUGCCUCACGAGUGUAACUGCUAUGCAUAUUACGUAUGUCGCAACGGAGAAUACCAAUGGAUGAAAUGUCCCUCAGGCGAAAAGUUUGAUUGGGCGGAGAGGCAAUGCAUGUCACAAGACAUUGCUGAAUGUCGCCCCUCUGGAAACAACGGAUGCCGAGGUAGUUGUUCGUCAAGUAGUGACCAGUUGCCCCACAGGGAGUGCAACAAGUUUUGUACAUGCGAUCAUGGAACUGCCACAGUUCGAAAUUGUCCCAAGCAUACGUAUUACGAUCGGCACAGACAAAUUUGCAACUGGCCAGAAGCCAUACUUGUGGACUUGCCGGCACAGUGUGAUCCUACCGACUGUAGUUUCGGUGACAAUUAUGUUCCUCAUGAUUGUUACUGUGACAGAUAUUAUGAUUGUUCAGGCAAUGGGAAAUUUCUUCAGGAGUGUAAAACUGGAGAAUACUUUGACUAUACAGAAGAAAAAUGCGUUGACAGUAAAUAUGCUCACUGUUGCAAAGAUUUGAUUAAGGAUUGUCAAAAAUAUUGUAGAUGUAGCGGUAGGAACGUGUAUAUCGAGCAAUGUGCCAGCGUUCUGUACUACGAUAUCGGGAGAACGUCUCAAAACAUAAAUUUAUCGUCGAACUGUCCGUCUCCAACUGAUUGUAGCAGUAAUAUUGGUGUUGCACCCCGUUAUUCUAAAUGUACACUUUGUUAUGAAUGCGACGGAAGAUCCAAAUACUGCGAGGUAUGCGAUACUGGAUUAAAGUUUGAUUUUGUACUCGGAAGCUGUAUGAGUAAAAAUGCUCAUUGUUGCAACUGCAAUUUACCGGCAAACGAAACUUUGUGGUCGGAUAUACCAUUUGUGAGCAAUUUUCUUUAAAAGCUAGGAAAUGAAUCGUAGAAUCAAAAAGAAACGAAUUCGUCGAAUAAUAAAGAUAAAUGGUUUGUUGUAACACCUUCAUCGAGUAUCUUUGAAUUCCAGAAUAUUACGAUAUUACAUGGUUAAAACGCAAUGCUGCUUUUAUAUAUUGUCUAAUUUAUGUAAUCUUUUAAGAUGAUUGUAUUGAAUUUGACUAUACAUUGGAAGUUAGCCGUAAGUAAUAAAAUUAAUGAUAAAUGACAUCUUUAAUU